AUGAGGGAACGUCUCUUCCAGUGGAGCACCAGAGUCGGCGUCCCCGUCAACAAACUAACCAACAAGCUUGGUUCCGAGGCCUGGUGGCCUUCGACUUUGGACAUUGAAUGUGACAAGGCCGCUAGGAUCCUUCAGUCCUUUGCCAGUAUGUCCAACAACCCCAACACACCCAAGCAACCCGCCGGCCCCAAACAAAAACCCAAAGUCCUCGUCAAGAUCCCCCAAAAAGCCAUCGAAUCCGCCGCCGGCCUCGCCAUCUUCACCACCUUCCGCACAGGCCUCCACAUCUCGGGCGCAGGCGGCUCCGGCGUCCUCGUCGCCCGCUCCGCCGACGGCACCUCGUGGUCCCCGCCCUCGGGGUUCCUGGUGCACACGCUGGGCGCCGGCUUCAUGGUCGGUCUGGACAUCUACGACUGCGUGUGUGUGCUGCGCACGCCCGAGGCCGUGGCUGCUUUUACGCGCCCGCGCCUGUCCCUGGGCGGCGAGGUCGGCCUGGUGGCGGGGCCUGUGGGUGCUGGUGCUGCCGUCGACGCGGCGCUGCUGAAGAGCACCAAGCCUGUGUGGGGCUAUGUUAAGAGCAGGGGUUUCUACGCCGGAGUCCAGGCUGAUGGGACGGUGAUCAUCUCGAGGCCGGAUGCGAAUGCCGCCUUUUAUGGCGCCAAGGGUGUCAAGGUGGAUCAGAUUCUCAAGGGCAAUGUGCCCGCCCAGGGUCCAGAGGGCAUGUGGCCUGGGGGAGCUCGCCGUCUGAUGGAGGUGCUGAAGAGCGCCGAGGGGAGGCGGGACGUGAAUGAGGGCUUGUUGAAGGAGGUUGGUGCCGGACCUACGCCAGGAGAUCUGGGCCUGGAAGACGAGGGCGCACGAGACGGCAACGAGUGACAAAGCAUGAGCGAGGCUGACAUCUCUUGGCAAUGACAGUGACAAGUAGGCAAUUGUAGUAUUUCUGAUUCUG